CGCCCUCUCUGGCAUAAAAGUGAGCAAGCAGAAGCCGUGCAAACGCAAGAAAGACAGAAAGAAGCAGGCAACGAAAGCGUGAGAAGGGAAAUCAAGAAAUUGCGCGAGGAUGAAGUCCCGUUGGCCGCUCGCCUUCUUGUUGGUUUUGUUCUGGGGGAGUCCGAGCGCCGCCCGCUCGCCGUACCAGGCCGUCCUGCAGCACAGCCGCGUCCGGGGACGCCAGCAAGGGCCCAACGUGUGCGCCAUGCAGCAGCCGCGGGGCAGCGACAAGAAAUAUUUCGCCAACUGCAAGCAGUGGUACCAUCGCAAGAUUUGCAACCAGCCCACGGUGGUGACAUACGAGUGCUGUCCGGGUUAUGAGAAGAUUCCUGGAGAGAGAGGCUGCCCUGCAGCGCUGCCUCUGGUCAACAUCUACAACACGGUGGGGGCGGUGGGCGCGUCCACCACCAAGAUGUAUGCCGACAGAGCCCAACUCAGGGAGGAGAUCGAAGGUCCCGGAAGCUUCACCUUCUUCGCUCCCAGCAACGAGGCCUGGGCCGCGCUGCCCACGGAGAUCUUGGACGCGCUGGUGAGCAACGUGAACAUCGAGCUGCUCAACGCUCUCCACUAUCACAUGAUCAACCGCCGCCUGACGUCAGAAGAGCUCAAGCACGGCUCCUCCUUCUCCUCCAUGUAUCAGGACUUCCACGUGCACGUGCACCACUACUCCAACGGGAUCAUAACGGUGAACUGCGCUCGUCUGAUCAAACCGGACCAGCACGCCACCAACGGCAUCGUGCACGUGGUGGACCGCGUCAUUACCGCCAUAUCCAACAACGUGCACAUGCUCAUGGACGUGGACGACGACCUCGAGACGCUGCGCACGGCCAUCGCCGCCGCCGGCCUCACCAACCUUUUGGAGAGCGAGGGUGAGUAUACCAUCUUUGCUCCGACCAACGAGGCCUUCCAGAAGAUCCCGCCGGAGACCCUGAACCGAAUUCUGGGAGAUCCCGUGUCUCUUCGAGACCUGCUCAACUACCACAUCCUGAAGAACAUGCGCUGCGCCGAGUCCAUCGUGUCGGGAACGCCGAUGGAGACGCUGCAGGGCACGGUGCUGGAAGUGGGAUGCGACAAAGAUCGGCUGACGGUCAACGGGAAAGCUGUGGUGGUUAAGAAGGACCAGCUGGGCACUAACGGCGUCAUCCACUACAUCGACGAACUGCUCAUCCCCGACUCGGCCAAAACUCUGCUGGAGCUGGCCGAAGGCUCCAACGUGGCGACGGCGACCCGAAUGUUUGUGGAGGCGGGCCUGAGCCACCACCUGAAGGGCUCCGAAGCUCUCACCAUGCUGGCCCCAUUGGACGACGCCUUCAGAGGGAGCGUGAGCGGCGACACGCGGAGGGUGAUGAGCAAUCACAUCGUCAAGGAACAGCUGUCGUCCAAGUCCUUGUAUCACAAUCAGGAGCUGGAGACGCUCUCGGGUGUCAAACUCCGAGUCUUGGUCUACAGAAACAACUUGUGCAUCGAGAACGCCUGCCUGGCCGCCCACGACAAGACGGGACGCUACGGCACCAUGUUCACCGUGGACAGCGUUCUCACGCCCCCAACGGGAACCGUCAUGGACGUGUUGAAGGCGGACGAUCGCUUCAGCGUUCUGGUUGGCGUCAUCCAAGUGGCCGGGCUGACGGAGCUGCUUAACCGAGCGGGCGCGCUGACUUUCUUCGCGCCCACCGACGCCGCUUUCCACGCUAUGACGCAGCCGGAAGUCGGCAAGCUGAUGCGAAACCGCCAGGAGCUGUCAGCUUUGCUCAAAUACCACCUUGGUGAGGGGAUGGUGGUCCGCGGCGGCGUGGGAUCUCACACCAGACUCAAGCCCCUGCUGGGCGACAAGCUGGAGCUGGGCGUGAGGAACAACACGGUCUUCGUCAACCGAGUGCCGGUGGCAAUCGGCGACCUGAUGGCCACCAACGGCGUCGUGCACGGCGUCGACAGCAUCGUCAAACCGCUGCCUCCCAAGGUGGACCGAGAGCAAGCUGACGGCCCGCUGGGUUCCCUCAGGUCUUCGUUUUCUUCCGCUACCUCUUCCAUGAGCUCAGAUUCUAGAAGCUUCAGGAACGACGAACUUUUCAAGAAGGUCAUUCAAAGUCGCUCCAGCAGGACAAUGAAUGCCUCUCAGUGAUGUCACAAUUUUCUCGUGAAACAUUUGCAAUGUUUUUUUUUUCUUCUUUUAAGUAGUGGCUCAUUUGCUUCCUGUUGUCAAUCUAGCCACCUGCACGCACGCCAUCAAACAAAGAAUUGAGCUUUAAAACCCUGAAAAGCGCUUCAAAACCAAAAUUUUGAAAGCAGUCCAAAUUGGAGGAAGCUUUCCUUGCUUCUUAGCAUUGUUGCUAAAUGCUAACUAGCUUAUUAUCAUUACUAACUAGCUAGCCAACGCUUGCUCUCUGCUAGUUCAUUCACUAACAAAAGCAGAUCACCACAAAGACGUGUAUCAAUCGUCCGCUUUUGGACGUGGCCAAUGUUGCAUCGUGGGAAACGGAGCCGGCCGGCAUUUGAGUUGCUUUGCUUUUUCAAUUCAAUCAAGACACUGUUGAUGAUGAGGACGUUUUUCCAAUCGUGGUCACAAAGUUGACCAGUAUGUUUAUGUAAAAUAAAGCUCCAGAGUAGCGAGUGUGUGUGUAAGUUGAUGCACACCAAGCUUUUGAAAAUUUGUUUCACUUAUGUUUUAUAAAAUGUGUCACAUUGAUCCCAAGUUUUAUGUUGGAAGGAAAAAUAGGAUUUCACAUUAAAAACAAGGGCAAGUGUGCAAUUAC